UCGAGUCAGAACCCCCCCCCCCCCCCCCCCCAACCAGAGUCAAAAGCCGAGACGACGGCGAUGACAUCGAUGAGCUAGAGCCAGUUUACUCCUCUUCCAAGCUUGCGAGCUCAACAGGCCAGCCUUUCCAUCAACCUCCCUUCACUCGCGUCCACAGCUCUCUCCUCCCCAUUCCACUCCGUGCUGCUCCAUCGGUAACCCUUGCUUGCUCCUGCCCCCGUGCCACGUACAUGUUCGUUCGUCGCUCGGUGAGCUGAGGAGAUCAAGAGCCGAGGCGCGCAGCCACAGGAUCGAGAAGCAAGCUCGCUCGUCGACAAGAACAGACCCGACAGGUCUUCUGAAGCACAGAUAUUCAGGACAGCACCAAGAAUCCAUGUAAUCAACAUCUUCAGAGAUCUGCCAACACAACAUCUUGCAAUGAGAAGGCACAUCCUUGUCUGCCUCCCUCUGAUCACACUCCUCUCCCUCUUCGUGAGCUCGAGCUGCCAGAUCGACCCCCAAACACAAGCCCUCCUCCAAUUCAAGGCCGGCCUGAACGACCCUCUGAACCACCUCGCGUCAUGGACGAACACCACCUCGCCGUGCCACUUCUUCGGCGUCCGGUGCAGCGACGCCUCCGCCACGGUCACCGAGGUCUCGCUCUCGAACAUGAACCUCUCCGGCGGGAUCUCGCCGUCCGUCGGCGCCCUGCACGGCCUGACGCGGCUGGAGCUCGACUCCAACUCGCUGUCGGGGCCCGUGCCGCCUGAGCUGGGCAGGUGCACUCAGCUCCGGUUCCUGAACCUGUCGUGCAACGUCCUCUCCGGGGAGCUGCCGGACCUGUCGUCGCUGGCGGCGCUCGAGGCCCUCGACGUCGCGAGCAAUGGCUUCACCGGGCGGUUCCCGGCGUGGGUCGGCAACCUGUCCGCCCUCACCACGCUCAGCGUCGGCAUGAACAGCUACGACCAAGGGGAGACGCCGGCGAGCAUCGGCAAACUCAAGAACCUGACGUACCUGUACCUGGCGGCCAGCAGCUUGACGGGGGUGAUGCCGGACUCCAUCUUCGGGCUCACCGCGCUGGAGACGCUGGACAUGUCCAUGAACAACCUCGCCGGCGCGAUCCCGGCGGCCAUCGGCAACCUCCGGAACCUGUGGCAGAUCGAGCUGUACAAGAACAACCUCACCGGCGAGCUCCCGCCGGAGCUCGGGAAGCUGACCAAGCUCCGGGAGAUCGACGUGUCCCGGAACCAGCUCAGCGGCGGGAUCCCGGCGGCGUUCGCCGCGCUCAGGGGCUUCACGGUGAUCCAGCUCUACCACAACAACCUGUCCGGGCCGAUCCCGGAGGAAUGGGGCGAGCUGCGGUCCCUGACGGGCUUCUCCAUCUACGAGAACCGGUUCUCCGGCGAGUUCCCGGCGAACUUCGGCCGGUUCUCGCCGCUCAACAGCGUCGACAUCUCCGAGAACGGCUUCACGGGCCCGUUCCCGAGAUUCUUGUGCCAUGGCAAGAACCUCCAGUACCUCCUCGCUCUUCAGAACGGCUUCUCCGGCGAGUUCCCGGAGGAGUACUCGGCGUGCAAGAGCCUGCAGCGCUUCCGGAUCAACAAGAACCGGUUCACCGGCAGCCUCCCGGAGGGGCUGUGGGGGCUCCCCGCGGCGACGAUCAUCGACGUCUCCGACAACGGGUUCACCGGAACCAUGUCGCCGCUGAUCGGCCAGGCGCAGAACCUGAACCAGCUGUGGCUGCAGAACAACAACCUCGGCGGUGCGAUACCGCCGAAUAUCGGCCGGCUCGGGCAGGUGCAGAAGCUCUACCUGUCCAACAACUCGUUCUCCGGCUCAAUUCCGGCGGAGAUCGGGAGCCUGUCGCAGCUGACGGCGCUGCACCUGGAGGACAACGCGCUGACCGGCGCGUUGCCGGCGGACAUCGGCGGCUGCGUCAGGCUCGUCGAGAUCGACGUCUCCCGGAACGCGCUGACGGGGUCGGUCCCGGCCUCGCUGUCGCUGCUGUCGUCGCUGAACUCGCUGAACCUGUCGCACAACCAGCUCGCCGGGCCGAUCCCGACGAGCCUCCAGGCGCUCAAGCUUAGCUCCGUCGACUUCUCCUCGAACCGGCUGACCGGGAACGUGCCACCGGGGCUGCUGGUGAUCACCGGCGACCAGGCGUUCGCGGGGAACCCCGGCCUCUGCGUGGACGGAAGGUCCGAGCUCGGCGUCUGCAACGUGGACGGCGGCCACAAGGGCGGCCUCGCCAGGAAGUCGGCCGUGCUCGUGCCGGUCCUCAUCUCCGCGACGCUGCUGCUCGUGGCCGGCAUCCUGUUCGUGAGCUACAGGAGCUUCAAGCUGGAGGAGCUCAGGAGGGGCGACCUGGAGCGCGGCGACUGCGGGCAGUGGAAGCUAGAGUCGUUCCACCCGCUGGAGCUGGACGCCGACGAGAUCUGCGGCAUCGGGGAGGAGAGCCUGAUCGGGUCGGGCGGCACGGGGCGCGUGUACCGGCUGGAGCUCAAGGGCCGCGGCGGCAGCGGCGGCGUGGUGGCCGUGAAGCGGCUGUGGAAGGGCAACGCGGCGCGGGUGAUGGCGGCGGAGAUGGCCAUCCUCGGCAAGGUCCGGCACCGGAACAUCCUGAAGCUGCACGCGUGCCUGUCGCGCGGCGAGCUCCACUUCAUCGUCUACGAGUACAUGCCGCGGGGCAACCUCCACCACGCGCUCCGGCGGGAGGCCAAGGGCAGCGGGCGCCCGGAGCUGGACUGGCCGCGGCGGUGCAGGAUCGCGCACGGCGCCGCUAAGGGGCUCAUGUACCUCCACCACGACUGCACGCCGGCCAUCAUCCACCGCGACAUCAAGUCCACCAACAUCCUGCUCGACGAGGACUACGAGGCCAAGAUCGCCGACUUCGGCAUCGCCGUCGCCAAGGUCGCCGAGGACUCCUCCGACUCCGAGUUCAGCUGCUUCGCCGGAACCUACGGCUACCUCGCCCCCGAGCUGGCCUACUCGCUCAAGGUGACGGAGAAGACGGACGUGUACAGCUUCGGCGUGGUGCUGCUGGAGCUGGUCACCGGGCGGAGCCCGAUCGACCCGCGGUUCGGCGAGGGCAAGGACAUCGUCUCCUGGCUGUCCGGCAAGCUCGCCGCGGAGCGCCUCGACGACGUCCUGGACCCGCGCGUCGCGGCGUCGGCCAGGGAGCGGGAGGACAUGGUCAAGGUGCUCAGGAUCGCCGUGCUCUGCACCGCCAAGCUCCCCGCGGGGCGGCCGACCAUGAGGGACGUGGUGAAGAUGCUCACCGACGCCGGCGCGGGGCCCUGCAGCCCGCGCGGGCAGCCGCCGGCGAGGAUCUGCAGCAGCAAGAGCUGCCGCUGAAUUUUUUGAGCAGGCUCUGCCGAUUGCCCAUCCACGGAUGCCUCUGCUCCUGCAUUGAGCUCCGAAAUGUGAUUUUUACUGAUUUCCUUUGUGAUAGAACCAUCUAUAGGGUCAUGUACCUAAAGGUAUUUUGUACAAUUAUAAUUGAAAGUGGCUCCUCCUUGCAUUAGCCAUAUUUUGGUAGAAAAAAUUCUAAAUUA